CUUUAGCAGAACAAUACACCACAUUGUAAGUAUGGUAAGUGCAGAGAUUAGAGAUCAGAUCGAAAGUCUUCAGAGUACUUUAUCGAAUUCAAUAGAUAGUUAUAAGUCAGCACAUGAUUUACUUGAAAUUAAUGAAACAUUAAUUAAAGACAAGCCAACUAUAGAUGAACAAUUAACUGAACGAAUUCAAUUAAUAAAGAAACAAUUUUUAUUGGAUUCAUUCCAUGUAAAUAAUGCCGUUAAGGAAUUUAAAAUCUGGAAUCAAAAAACUAUUAAAUCAUUUAUGGAUAAUGAAAUAUUUAAUUAUAAUAAAGUAGUAGCUGAUAAUUAUAGAAUUUAUGAAGAAAUUAAUAACUUAUCAUCAUCAUAUGAAAAUCUUCGAAAUAAAGUUAGUUUACCAGAUUUUAAUUUCUCGAUAGAGACAUUAUUAAAAUAUAAUGAUGAAAUAAUACUUUCUAAAUUAUCUAAAAAUAAUAAUGGAGAAUUUAAUAGACAAAUUAAUAUUAAUGAAAUCUUUUCACUUGAUCCAAAAUCAGAUUUACCAUUUCCUGAUUAUAAAGUAUUUCAAAAUCUUAUAGAUAUUGAAUAUAGAUUAAGAGUAUCCAAGAGAAUUAAAUAUGAAAUCUUAUUACUUCUAAAGAAUCAAAUUUAUGUUAAUAAUAAUAGAUGGAAUAAUCGUGAUAAUACUUUGAAGGAUUUUAUUAAUAAGACUCUUCCUAAAAUAUUCGCAGAAAUUGAUAGUAUUAAAGUUCUGGAAUCUAAAUCGGUUAGAGGUGGUGAAGAAGAAGAUAAUGACGAUGAUGAAGAUGAGAUUAUUGAACAAGAUUUCGAUGAAGAUGAUGAUGAAGAAGAAGAUGAUGAUGAAGAAGGUCAUGAAGUAGAAGAUGAUGAUGAUGAUGAACCAGAAGUUGGAGCUGAUAGAGACGAUGAAGAACUUGAUGAUGGAACUCAUCAUGACAAUAAUUUAACGCGACAGACAACUGAAGAAAUAGAAGAACUUGCAGUUAAACAAGAAAUGGAUUCAGACCCUGAUGAUUUAAGUUGAGAAUUAAAUCUACAAUAGAAUUAUAACGUGUAAUAUAUAUUAACUAAUAAAUAAUUCAUACAUCUAUUGUUCCGAUACAGGUUCAAGUCUAGGAGGAUUAGCAGCUAAAUCCUCUUCACCAUGUAAUAAAUAAUUAAAUACUUGAAGAUUAUUAUCACCUUUUUCCUUUCUAAAACUUACAAUUCUAAAUAUUUGAUAACCUGCAACACCUCCUAAGAAGAAAUUUACACUAGCUAAUAAAGGAUUUCUAGGUUUAAUUACAAAUCCGGCCCAUCUAGUCCAUAUAGCUCCAGUAGCAAAUAAUGCCAAUUGUUGAGUACCACUUAAUUUUUCAACUGGUCUUUGUAAAUCAUUAAAUCCAGCAAUAACUAAUGACCAUUUCAAUACUGGUGCCCAAAAAUGUACAGUCUUUGGACCAGUCUCGGAAUUUAAGAAUCUAG